ACUCAGCGCCCGUUCAUUCAGCGGGAGCGUCGCGGAACAUUUGAAACACCUCCAGGAUCCUCUAGCUACAUAAAGAAAACAGCUUAAUUUACCCCCUGAUCACCGUCUGAAGAGAUCUGAGAUGAUCGAUAUGAUCGAGAAGGAGGACCCGGUCAUCAGCGAGGAGGAGGCGGCGCAGUACGACCGACAGAUCCGACUGUGGGGACUCGAUGCCCAGAAGAGGUUACGAGGGUCCCGUGUGCUCCUGGCAGGUUUAGGUGGUCUGGGGGCCGAAGUGGCCAAGAACUUGAUCCUGGCUGGAGUUAAAGGACUCACUCUGCUGGACCAUGAAAAGGUGUCGGAGGAGUCGUGUCGAGCUCAGUUCCUGGUUCCCGUGACGGCUAAGGGUCAGAACCGAGCCCAGGCGUCUCUGGAGCGAGGCCAGAACCUCAACCCGAUGGUGAAGGUCCACGCAGACCAGGACAAAAUCGAAGACAAACCAGACGACUUCUUUCUGCAGUUCGAUGCGGUGUGUCUGACAGGCUGCUCCAGAGACCUGAUGGUGCGUGUCGACCAGCUAUGUUCUCAGCACAACAUCAAGGUCUUCUGUGGCGACGUCUACGGUUACUAUGGUUACAUGUUCUGCAACCUCGGAAAGGAGCACAACUACGUCGAGGAGAAACCGAAACUGGUGAAACCGAAGGGAAAUUCCAACGACGGUCCGGAGGCGAAGAAAGCCAAAGUCGACCCCAACGAGACCACCAUUGUGAAAAAGACAGCCAGUUUCUGCACCCUGAAGGAGGCUCUGGAGGUCGACUGGACCACUGAGAAGGCCAAAGCCGGGAUGAAGCGAACACCAGUGGACUACUUCAUGCUUCACGUGCUGUUGAAGUUUCGUACCGACAAAGGCCGUGACCCCGACCCACAAUCCUUUCCAGAGGACAGUCAGCUCCUGAGACAGAUCCGUGAUGACGUCCUGGAGGCCUUGGCCGUGAGCAGUGACCUCCUGAAUGAUGACUUCAUCAGCUACUGCUUCUCUGAGAUGUCUCCAGUGUGCGCUGUCGUGGGAGGAGUUCUGGGACAGGAAGUUGUCAAGGCUCUCUCCCAAAGAGACCGCCCACACCGCAACUUCUUCUUCUUCGAUGGUCGUAAAGGCAACGGCAUGGUCGACUUCUUUGGACCAAACUAAACAGUUUUACACACAAAUUCAAGUCCAUUAAACUUCUGUCUUUUCCUUCA